GUUGUUUUCAAAUCUCCGCAGUUAUUCGAGAUGUCCGCCAGCCCGAGUGAGAGUGAUAAUUAUGGAUACAAAUUUUGGCGCGAGACGUUGCGAGGCGCGCGGUUGGUUGUGGCGCCGAUGGUGGACGCCAGUGAGCUCGCGUGGCGGCUGCUCAGUCGCAAGUACGGAGCGGAGUUGUGCUACACGCCCAUGUUCCACAGUGUCAACUUCGUCAAGGACUUCAAGUAUCGCCGGGACAAUUUCCAGUCGUGUGACGCAGACCGGCCUUUGAUUGUUCAGUUUUGUGCGAAUGAUCCGAAAGUUUUGGUGGAAGCUGCGCGACUGGUGCAGGGACAAUGCGAUGCUGUUGAUUUAAAUCUUGGCUGUCCGCAAACAAUCGCGAGAAGAGGCCACUAUGGAUCGUUUCUACAAGAUGAAUGGGACCUUGUUCGAGAACUCGUUGACAGCGUGCGCCGAGAGGUGGAUAUCCCGAUAACCUGUAAAGUGCGAGUAUUUCCGGAAAUUGAGAAGACAGUUGCUUAUGCGAAGAUGCUGGAAAGUGCUGGUUGCUAUCUGUUGACGGUGCAUGGACGAACGAGGGAGCAGAAGGGAAGAGACACUGGGCUGGCUUCUUGGGCCCAUAUUAAGGCUGUGAAACAGGCUGUGAAAAUACCGGUGUUUGCCAACGGAAAUAUUCAGUACCUGGAAGAUGCCUUGAGGUGUAUGGAGGAGACUGGUGUGGACGGGGUCAUGAGUGCGGAGGGUAAUUUGCACAAUCCUGCCAUUUUCGCGAAUCGUUCUCCCGUGGUUUGGGAAAUGGCUGAGGAGUAUUUACAGCUAGUGAAGAAGCAUCCUACCCCCAUUUCAUAUGUGCGCGGACAUCUUUUCAAGAUGAUGACUCAUUGCAUGAUGCUGCCGGAAUGCAAGGAGAAGAGAGAGAUCUUGGCGUCAGGAACGUCUUUGGUAGAAUUCGAAGAAGUCGUCGCUGGUUUGAAGGACCUUUUCCUUCCUUAUCACCACAAAGAAAAGGAAUUCUUCGGCAUGAAUGAGAAACUACCGUUUCCGCCGUGGAUCUGUCAACCGUAUGUUCGACCACCUCCAAAACCAGUAGACGAAUCCGGCGGCGUGAAAAGAAUCACCGAGGACGAAAACGGCGACGUUGUCAAAAAACAGAAACGGAAAGGAAACAAACGGAAAAAACCGGAUAGAAUUGCUUUCGAACUUUGUGAUGGAGAACGCUGCGGGAAUCCGAGGGGUGGAAAAUGCGACUUCAAAUUGUGCAAGAUUUGCUGUCGUGCCAAAUGCAGUGACGAAGUUUUAGACUGUACCAGUCAUCGAAUAUGGGUGAAAGCCUUCCGGGACAAAGAAUUACCGCAAUUGGAAAGCGAUUGCCGAUGA